AUGGCCAGCAUUAGUGCCAGUGGCAAUAGCACAACUAGUCCUCGACGUCAGCGUUAUGGCCGUUCUUCGACAUCCAGCGUGACUCAGUUGUUGUCGGACGGCUAUUCCAGCAUCAUCAAUAGGUUGACGCGGCGAGGACCUUCCGAGAAAAGUGACGCCGUCAUCGAUUCUAAACUGACCGCCGCUCGGAAUCGCUAUGAUAAUAAAUUACUAGCGAAUAAAAACCCGAUUCUGAGCAAUAUUCGGCGUUACGAUAACAAUAGACAUAUCUCACCGUACGCGUCUCUUACAUCCGGAUUGUCCACUUCGACGAGGAAGUUGAAUGACGAGCGAGCAUACUCGAGUUACUUGGCCGCGACAAAAUCCAGAAUCGAUACAUCACCUUUGCAUUCAACCUCCGGUAUAACCGCUCUCAGCCGCAGUGACUCAUUUCGCAAAGCGCACAUGAAAGAUAAUCAGACUUCGCCGUUCACCAAACGAUACCCUCUCAAAGAAGCGAAUAAUAACAAUAUAGACACCACACUCAUGCUUGGCAGUACUCGUAGCCGUCUAGAAGAUAAGUAUUCCUCAGUACUAGAUAAAAUUGCAAUACAGAAAAAAGAAAGAGCUCGUAAGGAAAAGGAAGAUCGUGAUAAAACUUUAGAACCCGAACCGGUCAUACCACGAGGUUUGAUGAGGAGCUUAACAACUGCUGUGUUCGGUGAAAGUUCAUUUAAAAGAAACAAUUAUUCACGUGAAAAAACAAGGGAUAAAACACCUUUCCGUAAUACGACUGACCGCCGCUUAUCAUCUGGGCAUAAAUAUAGCGAUAGAAAUGAAUACAAAAACGGCUUUGAUAUUUCCGUAAGAGAUCGUCCAAACUUCGGAAAGGAUAGAGACAGUGUUUACCGUCGACAUCAAAGGAGGUCGCACAGAGCUGAAAAAAGUGAUGAAGGAAAAUGUGGGAAACUAUCGCUUCGCCCCGUAGAUAUAAACAUACAGCCCGGAGCUCGCGAUCUAAUUUCGCCUGCACAACAAGGUCUCAGGGACUCAAAACUGCAGAUCGCAAAGACUCCAGCGACUACCCCUGUUAAUGAAACGGGCAGGCAGAAGCAGAUUUACUUCCCCUCCAGCGAUGAAGACGAUGACAAAACGCCCGUAGGUGAUCGCGUGCUGACAGAACGCGAAACUAGACGCAAAGAAAUUCAAAGUCUGAUAAUGAAAUACGCGCACUUGGACGAAGUAUACGGUCGCAUUACGGAGAAAGAAACCAAUGGCUUCACAGAAGUUCCUAGCAUCAAUCGGAAGCCAGAACCAAUAGGCGUGGGCGACGUGGUGGUGUUACCGCCAGAACUGCGAGCGAGGCAUCGGCCUCAAAGGCCUCGCCACCUGAUGCGGCGAGCGGCGACGCCGCCUGUAAGCACAAGCUAA